CGCCUCGACUGGUAUUAGGAUGUCCAAGUCGAAGUGCGCACAAAGUAUCUGAGUAAGGAGAAGUACAUGAAGGUAAUUACCUAUUCUUAAGGCCUUGUAUUUAGUUUCCUUGAUUUGAUUCAUAGGCGUAGCGCUCAAAUUUCUCUUACUUAACUUAGGUGCCCCCGAGAUGGUGUGUGGAUAGGCUGGAUUGGUGGAUGAGUGGUGCUCUCCCCAAUGGCUAUCCACCCACAACAAUACAAAGGAUCGGCGUGGCAAAAUGAGCGGUGUGCCACACCAUCAAGGCAGCGUCAACCUAUAUCAGUACGGGGAUAACUGGGCGCGGCACAACAAGACGGAUGUGCCAGAGCUGUUCGACCUCUAUGCCAUGGCCCAUAGUGCCCCGUAUAAGAAGGCCAAGGCAUUCUCUGAGUCUGAUCUUGAUGAUCCAAAGAACUUCACCAACCGCGCCUCCCACAACAAGCUCGUGAGGUACAGAGACGAGGGGAAGGCGAGGAAAGGGCCGGACUUUAACCCGAGCCAGCCUAUUGAUCCAGAGCUAGUGAUGAUAUCUGGUGGCGGGAGACACCAUGGCUUAUCAAGAGACUCCAGACGAGCUCCGAUCCUGAGAUAA